GCACUUCCUCGCGGUUUGCAGUGGUCUGGUAGUGCGAGGCUCGGCAGUCAAUGGACAUCUUGCAACCACGGUUUUGACAUAAACGAAGUGCUGUCUUUUUGCGCACCUUUCGAGCAGUAACCUGCGCCGUUUAUUGAAAGGGGGCCUCAGUUUUUGUCGUCUGCUGAACGUGGUUUUCUCGGCACAAAUCAACUUCAAUAAAUUAGACGACAGGUGUAUACAUUGGAUAUGCAUUUUGGCAACUGGCAUUAUAUUUCAAACUAGGCAUUGGUUGUUAUAUGGGGAGAAGUCUAACAGAAGGCCUAUCAGACAGGUGCCAACUGGUUCUUCUAAAGGCAGGAAAUCUUAGAGACUUGGCCAAAGUCAGGGGUAACGGCAUACGUAAUACUUAAAUGUUACAUGGAACUUAAAUGCUGUUAGAAUGGCUUUCAUUGGCAGCUUAAUUUUUUUGUACAGUCUGAAUUGCCUUUAGAAUUCUCAUGAUGUAUGUUUGUCAUGAUAUAUAUCAUUGGCUGAGUGGCAGUGUUCAUUGUAUAUCUAUUGUUGUACUUUGUUCCUUGAGAUUGGCAUUCUUUUCUGUUUGUGCCAAAAUUGCUUACGUGUAUAUAAUAGGCAGUGGCUGCAGUUUCUCUCCUUUUUAGAGCACUAAAAUAGAUGUAUAAUGAUUUGUAUGUACUUCACACGUUAAAGCAAAUGUAUACGUAUGGAUGUAUCACAUUGGAAAUCUUUGGCAAACUUGUCUGUUAAAUUGGUUGUCGUAACUCUCUGUAAGUUAUGUUUAUAAACAUUGAACAGUUAGUUCUAGUUUGUAACUUGUCAUAACUGUUUUGCAGUCUUUGGGUCAAAUUGUGCAUUUAUGUAUGUACUGGUAGUAAUUUUAUUGUGAGAUUGACAAAUGGUAUCCUGCUUAUUUGAUGCAUGUAUGGUUGGACCGUACAUGCAAUAGAAAUUAGAAUUUGAGUUUAAUUAAGAAAGGCUUGUUUUGUACCUUGUCUUGUACCAUGUGGGCGUUGCAGGCUGCUUUCGUCUUUUUGAAGGAAUCUGUGUCCUCAGAAACAUGUGCAGUGUCUUUGUGAACCUGUUUGGACUCUAGUCUCUGUUUCUUUUGUCUUGGUUCACCAAUAGAGUCUUGUUUCUCCUUACUAAUGUUGUCACGGUUUGGCUGGAAAACAACAUCUCAAGUCAUACAUCCAUUUCUGGCUUGUGUUGCCACAACACUUAAUUAAAGAACUUCUUAACCAAUCCCAUGCUGUGCAAGGAAUGGGGAAUUGCGGGGAAACUCUUGGCAAACCUAUCAGGGAAGCUUCACAUCUAUUGCUUGCCAGCCAGCUCUCCUUCUUAUGAAGAUCAGUUCAUAAUGACUUAGAGAGUGGGUUCAUUCUGAAUACUCAAGGUAAUCUGUAGCAAUCAGUGAACAAUGAGACAAGGAAAAGAGUCAUGGUGUUGUCCUACAUGGACUUCAAGAGCUAGAUUAAACCUUAAUUUAUGUCUGAUUAUUCUUCUAUGUAUUCUUUUAUGUUUACUCUUCUAUGCAUGGCUACCUAUUUUUACUUGUUACACUUAUUUAUCUUGUCUUGCCUAGGCACUGUACCUGUAGCGGUAUGAAUCAAAAUAUUAUUAUUAUUAUUGUUAUUGUUAUUAUUGAAUGAAUGAAUGGUGAAUGAUAUAUUUGAUUAUAUUCGAUUAUUAUUAUGUUGUCCUCAAGCAGAUCAGUCUGAUUCAUAAGGUCACUGGUAAGCACCGAAAGCAAACCCUGCCUCAGAGGUGCUUAGACCAUCAUGGCUGUCUAGACAGAAGACAUGACUUUACGCAGGAUUCGACUGGAUCCAAGAAGCACUGUAUUACUAUUUAGCUACGAGCGUAAAAGAAGGACACCACAAUAAGUGGUGGACUGCUUCGUGAGAAGCUUACUCUAAACGGGCUGAAUUGACUUCCGGUCUGUCUGUCGGUAUGUUUGUACCUAUGUUUGUAACUAUGUUUGUUUGUAAGCGUGUGUCACGCUCGGGGAGUUUGUCGAGCCAAUCAGCAAUCGUUUUGGAACGCAAAACGUAGGUGACGUAAUACUAGUUUGUCAGCGUGAAUCACUCUCGGGAAUUUGUUGAGCCAAUCAGCUGUCCUUUGGCACAUCAACAAUGGGUGACGUACAAUCCCGCGCAUUAUGACAGAAAAGCCGAGAUGUCGUAAACCUCCAUUUUACGGUCAAAAUGUCGUCAAACCGAGAAGCGCAGACUAAAGAUCAGCUUCGAUGAACAAUCAAGGAGGAUUCAAACUUGGUGGCGGUGGUAUUGGCAACAGUUCUACUACUCUCGCCAGUGGUCUACAGUUACAACUAGGAACAGGUGGCCCCAGCCUAGGUAGCACAGGAUUACAAACGUCACGUGGUCUACAGCAGAGUGGAGGAGGAGGAACGAUUAAUAUUGCUGGUACUGGUACCGGUGCAACUGCUACGGGACCUACAGGCAAUCUAGGCAGCUCGUUGGGUAGAGGCAAUCUAACACUGGGAAGUGGCAUAGGAACGACUUCAUUAAAUGUUGGUUUGGGUAGCAGCCAGGAUAGUUCUGCAAUACGCAGUGGUGGACUGAAACUUGGGACAGGGUUGACUUUGGGAAGUUCUGUAUCAAGUAGUGGACUCGAAUUAGGUACUGGACUUGGGCAAACGGUAUCUAAUUCUUCUAGAACUUCAGGACUGAGUGUGAAAAGUGGUGGAGGACUGGAACUUGGUGGUGGACUUCAGCUUGGUGCUGGAAUUAGUACAACAAUGUCAGGUGGAUCUAGUUUGUUAGUGAGCUCAUAUGCAACAACUGGCGGCGGCAGAGGUUCUCUCACUACUAUGACAGCGAGAGGGUUAGGAGGAGUUGAUCCUACACAGAGCUUUUCUGGGAAACCUAACAAAGACAAAGAUGGAGAAAGCAAGGCAGUGAUGAAGCAGGUCAUGCCUGAUGAGUUGAAUCGACUAGCUGACAAUAUGUUGAAAUUCAUCAAAGCUCAGAAGGGUAUUUGUGAAGACAUUAGUAGUGCUUCAGAAAGGCCUUUGAGCAAAGUACAAGAUGAUGUGAAGUCAACAGCUCAAGCGUUGUCUCUCAUCGCACAUGCCGUGCAUGCAGAUGGUCAAGCUGUUCUAGAGUUAAAGAAUCAUUCUGUGCAGGAACUGAAGAAUGUUGAAAUUGCUCAAAGAACAAAGGAUACUCCACCUGGAUUGCAGCAUGAAAACACAUUGCCAGCAGAGUAUGGUGUCUGUUUUAUGAAUUAAUUGCUUUGUGCACAACUGGUAAUUGAACUUUAUUACUGGUUUACAAUUGACAAAAACUGACCGUCAACACACUUCAACUUACUGUUACUGGUGCCUGUGCAAUGUGCAAUUGAUGUAGAAUAGGCAGAAACAGAAUGGGUGUUACUGUGUAUGUACCUUGCUGGAGUACACAAGUUUAGCUUGGUGAAUGAAGUUGUAAAUAUAAUAGACGCGCGCGUGUGUGUGUGUGUGUGUGUGUGUGUGUGUGUGUGUGUGUGUGUGUGUGUGUGUGUGUGUGUGCACGCACACACACACACAUUCAUGCCGAUGCUUGUGAUUCUAGUUUGUUUGAAGUGUGAUAGGAAUAGUAAUAAUAAUGACAAA